AUGUCCUCAGAUCAGGAUCCUCCUACCCCACCUCGUCUCUCCAAGCAGGACAAGGGUAAAGGUAAAGACAAAGCCGACCCUAAACCCAAACUCCCAAGAUCUUUCAGAAUCGCUAAACCUGGUGAUUCCGACUUCUCUAUCGUUGCUCGAGAAAUGCACAAACACCUUGAUCCGGACUUACUUGGGACAGAAACGAUGUUAGCAGAAGAGUUGGAACGAAUUGAUCUCUUGGAGGGUGAAGAAUUACCUAUACCUCCCGGUGCAGAAGGCGGAUCUGAUCUUCGGGGAAGACGUAUACCUCUCUCCCCUGAUCCCCAAAUCCCUCCACCAUCUCAGCCAAUCCUAAAGAUAAUAGAGGAGGGAACGUCUGGGACUUCCGAGCAAUCACCUACCAAGAAAGCCAUUUUGGGUAGGCUCAAACAAUCUCCGGGAAAGAUUACUAGUUUCAUGUCCACCACCUUUCGCAACUUCUCUUCAUCGCCUAGUAGCAAGCUUCGAAGACCACACAGUCAACAACCUCUCACUAGUGGAUCACCCAGCUCUCACACUCUCACUGCCACUGUCGAAGAGUCGCCCUCCUCACCAUCGACAGGUCAGUUCGUCCGUCGAGGUAGUGUAAGCGAUCCCGAAGCUUCCGAAUACCUUUACCAAAGUCGUCAAGUGGCCUUUCGUUCUGGUAUUCUGAGACCUUCGAUCCCGGUCAACAUUCCACUCUCGCCUCUUGAGAGAAUCGAGGUCGACAAGGAGCAUCGUAGGGUAGAGCUUGCUCAUAAAGCUCUCGAAACUGGAUGCAUCGAUGGUUCAUCGCCUUCGAUCGAAGAUCUUAGGCGGAUGCCUCCUUGGUCAUCCAGCACUUUGGUGGAUCCGUCAAGGGAGAUCCAACCAUCGUUCCUAGAACAAAUCAUGUCUCCUCAGGAUCCAGAUUAUCCAACUUCUCCACCGCCACCGACACAGGCAGCGAUGAAGCGUCGAUCCAAGCAUUUCGAAAGUGCUCCGGUGGUACAUCGAUGGGAGGUGAUUGAACCUUCCCCAGGUGAACCGAUUCUCAAAAGAGUCAGGAACCCUCCUCCCCCUUCGACAUUUCCUGCACGAAGAUCAUCUUUCACUUUCGAUGGUGGUUCGCCCGUCUCAAACCUUCCUCCUGGUGCCGCACCAGCUAUCGAUAUCACUCAAGUAAUCACGCAGAGUGGAAUUGAUCACACAGAUGAUUCUGAUGAAUUCAGAAGAAACCUGUCUCGAUACACUGGCAGAUUAUGGGAAGAAGUGUCUUUGCUCAGUCGUCCAACAGCUCAAGAAGCCCUGGAAAGCGUACAAGAAUGGGCGAAUCAUCCAGAGAUGUCCGAUGCCCAUCACUUUGACAGUCACUCACUACAAGAACAUGUUCACCUUAACGAGAAUUCGCUCCCGAGGUAUAGAGCUCGAUCGCUUAGCGAUCCUCCUUCCAGAAGGGCUGAUUCGACGAAUACUGCUCCUCCUGCUGGAGUUUCACCUUCCCGUAUCACCGCCACCAGCCACGCUGAAUACACUCCCCCUUUGGGACAGGAUACCGGCUCAAGCCAUUCUGAAGAUCAAGAUCAUCAUUAUCCCGAGUACGACGAUUCUGAACAGGUCCAGAAUCCGUCUACAAUCGGUCAAGCUGAUGAAGUGGACGAUACGAGUGGAACAAGACCCACAAUAGGCCAAUCGGACGCAAUGAGGCUAAGAGGUGGCUCACAUCAUUCAAUCGAGAGAGAGGACGACUCAAGGAAUGAUAUACAAGAAGGCUUUUCAUCUGCGCAAGAUAUCGCUCCUCCAAUAUUCAAGAAUUAUUGGCCAAGAUGGGCUUUCUCCUAUGACAGACCAACAGAGAACUGCUAUGAUACUUCGGGAGCUCUCUCAACCCUGGAUGAAACCGUGUUCAACAGCAUGACGGAGGAAGAUAACCAGGAUUGGUACUAUAAAAAUGCAAGACAGGACUGUCAGUCUUCAGUUUCUAGCAUCAUCCUCAACAAUUCCAACCAGUCUAGAGGACAUGGUGAGGCUCGGAACGAAUCGUCUUGUCCACCUAUCCAUUCCAAUAUGUUGAGUGUGACCUCAGCUUCCACCUUCCCAAACUUUGCAGGAACACUCAUAGGGCCAGCUCCAGCCCAGACAAUGCUGCAACCUACCCACUCUUAUCCGAAUGACUGGUCGAUAUCAAACCAAUCGUCUUCGCUGGUCCCAGGGAAGCAAAUAUCAUAUCACGUACCUCUCGGAAUAGAGAUUGAAGGUCAUAGACCGCAAACUCAUCCUAUCGGCAGUCCCAGCUCCGCCCCUUAUAUACAGCUGCAAAGGAUUGACCCCUUAGAGAUGGCCGUCAUGCAGAAACUGGCUUUGGCUGAUGGACCGACCAAUUUCAUGGGUGUAUCCGAGGUGGAUCACGAUAAAUAUGUGCAAACAGCUUCAAAGUCAAUGAAAGUCCUUCAAUGGAGGAGGUGCGUGGCAGACGCACUCGAAGUCACUGAAGAGGACGUGAAAUCGACAUCUCAACAACCCUUCGGACUAACAAUGCCUGUUCGGAAAUGCUAUCCUGUUCCAAAGCAUCCCGCCAGCUCCAAAUAUAGAGACCGCAUCCCAGAAGAAGCAGAGGAAUACCCGCUGAGGCUGAGAGGUGGGAAACCCAAAGCUAGAUCAACCGAUACAAGAAGCCGAGUUUCAGAAGAGGAGGAGCAAAUCCCUGAACUCUCUACCUCGCCCGCUCUACCACACCGAUCUUCCGAAGAUAUGCUCACCACUUCACCGGUUGCACCUUACACAGGUACCUUCGCCCCUCAGCCACCACAUUUCUCAGCCUUUUCCUGCUAA